GCAAAUCACUAUCACUAUGCCUGACUACUUCCACACGAAUUCGAAUUAGAAAGCUACGCGCCACAGGAAUAAUAUCAGCCUUAUGUUGUUUAUUCUCGUUUUUCGUUUUCCACAUCAGCCACAUCAUUAAAAGCCAACAAAUUAAGGAGAAGCAAGAAGGAUUAGGACUAUGCUGAAUAUUUUUUUGAGUCGAGGCAUAAAAAUGUCGGAGGUUACGUCGACUCAAGUACGUCGCGUUGAGGUGGCGCAGCAGGUGCAGGGGGCUACUUGUUCAUCUGGGGGCAACACUAUACUGCGGGAGCUUGUAGUCGUGAAGCUGCAAGGGUGGAGAUCCAUCUGCUGCCACGACCGCGGUGUCUCCUGACUUGGCAACUCAGGGGACCUCCUACCAUCGCAGCACGGUCGGACAUCUUGAUGUUGAUCUUGAACCCCUCCCCCGCAUGGUUGUAAGUACUAUUGCAGCACGUUCGGUCAUCUUCAAGUUGACCUCCCCGGUUCUGUUUCACGCUCAAACUGUACAAGACCCUAACAACAAGUAGCCGCGGAAGUAGGUCAAGUUGCCGGAGAAGAGCCGACUUCUCUCUAGCACUACAGCAGGCCCCAGCAGGAAGCUGCACUUCUACGCGACAACAGCGUCAGGUCCAGACGUGACGACGAGGAUUGUUCUCUAAUUCAUAAAGGAAAAUUUAAAUCGAUCAUGGCGGCCGCAGCCAUUUUACCGUCGGAGCGGCGCUCGGCCUCCGAGGAACUCCAGUUCUUUGAGGAAGAGGGUGACUUCUGUAUUGGCGGGAUCGAGUUGCCGGUCGACGACUCACCGGGCUCGCUCAGCGGGCUUUCGGUGGACGAAGACGACCCAUCCGGGCUCUCGUCCACCUGGAACAACGCAUCUGGUUCCGGCAUGCUGCUUACGAAAGUGCACAAGAACCUACUUCCCCCUCAUUUGUAAUAUUGCAUGAACAGCAAUACAAUUACAAACACCACGACCACACGUGAAGCCUGUGCAUGACAAACUCAUGCACUUCCAGUGUACUUAGUAGUGUUUAUUGGGCAGCUCCCUCCCGAACCUGUCAUGCAAACAGUGCCAGAGGUGGGAAGCGCUUGAAUUUGGGGUUUUGCAUGACAAAUGAGGGGAAAAGAAUUGUGCACUCUCAUACUGCUUGAACACCAGCUGAAGAAGUUCGACGCGACAGGCAACAUGCUUCAUUUUGAGCAACAGCAUCACAACUAUCAGAUCCCGUCUUCAGCCGCUGGCGGAGCAGUAGCAGGAGGUGCUGGCGGUCCCCCGAUGUUUAGUAAUAUCGACCACCAGUUUAUUUCUUCUACUUCCCAAGUCCACCUACAACCUACGUCCAUGGCGACCGGGGGGCUGGCUGCGCAACUGAGCAGUACGCCGGGCGCGCAGGCGGUGCCGCUUCUCGACGGGACGAGUUGCACUUCUAUGCGGGACAGCGAGCCACACUGCGUCGAUCUGUUCGCCGGGGCGAUGGCUAUGCCGACUCCGGUAGUGGCGCUACCGACGCCGUCGCAGUCGCCGAGUCGGGCCGUCAGUCACGUGACCGGGAUGCUAACGCGGACGCUCGAGCGGGUAUGACAGUGCACAACUCCCCCGCCUCCCCCUCAUUUGUAUAGCACGAAGAACGGCAAUUACAAGCGUCAUCGAGAAUGCAGAUUUUGCAUCACAAAUUUGCACAGGAGUGUAGUGCUUUUUGGGCUCCUGCCCGAACUAGUCAUGCAAAAAGUGCCAAGAGGCAAAGGGUGGGCUCGCUUCUUGGUAUGUUGCAUUACAAAGGAGGGGGAGGGGGAGUUGUGCACUCUCAUAGCGGGGAUCUGAAGAUCACUCCGCGAGUGGGGGAGGGGGAGGUAACUUAGUUAUAAAAACUCGAACUUUUUUUUUUCGGUGUGAGCAGGUUGUUGUUCUCUUCUUUCUACGCGGUUGUACUAUUUCAAUGAUCAGUGCGCGUUGUACGAACAUUUUUUUGGGCCAUACAUAAACAUUACAGUCCACAGCGCAAGUCUAUUGAAAAAUGAAAAUCAAUUAUUCUAUCCGUACAGGCUCCGACCGUACGCGUUCACCAUCUCCCUGCCUCGUCCGCGUUGCGCCAACCGAAAGUGCGCUGGCCGGGAUUGUGCCGCUCGUUACGUCAGAUCUGGUAGAGCACGUCGUCGACUUCGAUGCGCUGUUUCCGAUCCAUUGGGAGCACCGGCACCAAUUUCGGGGCAGCGGUGCGCCAACUAGUCCGGGAGGGAGCAGUUUGCCACCGCAAGGUGAUGUCGAUCAUGACGACGAGGUGGAUGUGGUGCCCGAUGCUGGAAUGAAUCCAGUUGAAGUUGAUCCUGAAGACCACCAGCACCAUGAUGAUGAUGUUCUUUUCCGAAGAGGACAAGCAGCUUCCGAGGGCGAAGGAGCAACAAGCGAAAUGACUGGGACCACUCCGAAGCUCCUGCAAUACGAUCCUCCCACAAGGAAAAAUAAUAAACCGUUGGUCGUCGACCACGACGGCGCUGGUGUAACUCACGUCCCCCCACGACCGGCCACACCAUCUGGCGGACCUCCACUCGGAGCAGGAGGAGAAACAAAUCUUCCAGGUGGAGCUGCAAAUCCAAAUAAGGAUGGCGAGGUCAUCACGAAGGAGGCCGUCAACAUGGAUGUCGCUGCCGGGAAUGUGAUCCUCGGAGGCGGUCUCGCACUGCAGUCGCCACUGUGUACUAGCAAUAUAACAAAAAGAACUUCUCUUGGAGAAGAUGCUGGUGCUAGUGCUGGUACUCUUACGCAGGAGCCUAGUAAUCCAGGAAGAACAGUGCCUGCUGCAAGCGUAGACCAAGACAUGGCGCAUGAGGACCAGCAGCACGAGGUUGAACAGGGGAACAAGAAAGAUGGAAACAUCCACCUGGAGCAUCAAGAGACUUUUGCGUCAAACCAUCACAAAAAUAUGGCCUCCUCGAAGACCAGCACUUCGCAGCACAGCACGACGGGGACGCUGAUUCAGCAAGUUUCAUCAUCACCACCACCAUCUUUGCUGCAGCAGGAAGAAAAAGAGAUAUUAAACGCAGGAGGACCUUCUACUUCCUCGAUGUUGAUGCCCUCGACCACGCCACAGAAAUGCCUGAAGCUUGCGAACUACGACAAAAUUUUGAUGUUCUUAGAUUACGACGGGACGUUGCGAGAGUUUGAGGACGACCCGGUCGCGGCGGUCCCGACGGACAACUUGAAUAACCUGCUGCAUUUACUUUCGCAUUCGCUGAAAGAAAAGUUGAAGGUGGUCAUCAUCAGCGGGCGCGACGCCGGGUUUUUGGAUAACUACAUGGGGAAGCAGCACCAGGGCCUCACGCUAGUUGCGGAACACGGUUACCAGAUCCGCCAUGCAUACGAAACCGAGUGGACCAUCGCGGGGACGACCUCGACCGGCGGGGGUAUAUGGAUUGCAAAAGUAUCGCACUUGUAUGGCAAUCGUGCAACACAAGUCUGCAAUCGCGCAACACAAUUUCAAUUGUGCAACACAAAUCUCAUUCCGAAGGCUAAGCCUAAGGUGAACCCGCAUUUUUACAAAGUCAAUUUGUGAUGUUGCUAUGAAGGAGUUUGUCAUGCGAUUUCUACUAAGUGCGAUGCUUGAUUUGCACGGGAUACUAGGGCACCAGCUUCAGCGACGUCACCUCGUCCAUGGCGACUGGCGGCGGCCCAACGAUGGCCGCCGACGCGCUGCUGGAUAAUUUGAACCUGCUUGGCACGACGACUGGCGCGGUAGUUGGUGCAGCAGGAGCCAGCGGUGGAAGUAGUAGUACCAACUUGCUCGUGCCGACACUGAGCCAAGUCUCCACCGCGACGGACCAUGCGACAUCGCUCGGGACGAUGAACUCUCCCUCGCCGGCAUCCGGCGGGUUGAACCUGCACACCAGUACUACCACAGCUAUGGGCAGUAAUGCUAUUUCGACCGCCUCUGGUGGUGCUGGUGCGGGCACGACACAAAACACAGUUGCAGCUUCCGGAGCAGCAACUUCUUCGAUGCAGCACCUGCAGCAGCAAAUUCCCUCGCCCUCGGGCGGUGGGACCACGAGCGGGUCGAUGUUGUCCACCACGACGAUGCUGGGCUCCUCUUCCACGAAUGCACCCGGCGGAGGGCCAGCUGUAGUAUCAUCUUCACAGCAAGAAAUGACCAGUGGCAGUGCCUUAUGCAUUGCAAAAGUAUCGUACUCGUAUAAAUGCAUUCCAAAUUUCCUCAGCAUGAGAAAUGAAAUUUGUAAUGUAGAUUUGCCUUAGGAACAAGAUUUGUAUAUGCAAGAUUAUACGAGUACGAUACUUUUGCACAGGAUAUACCUCGUCGCAACUUUUUGACCACCAGCAGGACUGGCGGUCGGCGGUGAUGAACGAGAUGAAAAAGCUAUCACAGGAAAAAAUGUUAACGUUUAUGAAAUUUGUGAUGCGGCAAGGCAUCACAAAGCGUGCCCAAAUUUGUCAUGCAUAGCAUGCAUACUAUGCUAAAUUUGUGACGCAUGGCUGCAAUCUGUGAAAAAGAAAAACUGUAUUAACGUUAACACUUGUUCUUGUGAUAAAAGCUCGCGAACGUGCACGGAUCCUUUGUGGAGGAAAAGACCAAGUUAUGACAGUGCACAACUCUCCCUCCCCCUCAUUUGUGAUGCGAAUUACCAAAUUCACGCUAAGCCUUGAAGCACUGUUUGCAUCACAAGUUGUGGCCGUCCAAAUAGCACUGCACUCCUGCACAGAUUUGUCAUGCAAAACCUGCAUUCUUGCUGACGCUUGUAUUGCUGUCCAUGCCAUACAAAUGAGGGGGAGGGGCAGUUUUGCACAGUCAUACAAAUCCCUGGUCUGGCACUACCGCGCGUGCCGGCCGGAGGAGGGGCAGGAGGGCGUGGACCAGUUGCUGCAACUGCUGGAGUUUUCCCUCCAGUACCCCAUGGCGCGGGUUUCGCGGGGCAACAAGAUGAUCGAGGUCUUCGGGCCGCAGGGCCCGACUAAGGGCGGGGCAAUGCGGGACCUGAUUUUACGGUUCCUGCACGAGUUCGGGGAGUCCUGCCGCACGCUGGUCUUCUGCGCUGGGGACGACGUAUAUGCAUUGCAAAAGUAUCGUACUCGUAGUAAUCGCAUUUAUGCAUGACAAAUCUUUUUCUCAAGGGGAAUGAGCAUUACAAAUUCAAUUUGUAUUGCUGGGCUAAUUUGUCAUGCAAUUGCUACUAGUACGAUGCUUUUGCAAUUCAUAACGUCACGGACGAGACCAUGUUCGCUCUGGCGGAUAUCCUGUGCAAAAGUAUCGUACUCGUAGUCAUCGCAGUCAUGCAUUACAAAUCUCUUUCCUAAGGCAAACCUGCAUUGCAAAUUUUAUUUCUAAUGCUGAGGAAAUUUGUCAUGCGAUUUAUACUAGUACGAUGCUUUUGCAUUUCAUAGCGGACGACGAGGCCCUGUUCUCCCGGAAAACGCACCUCUUGUCGAUCAAGGUACGGUGAAAGGACGUUUGACGUGUAGCUUUCCCUUUCUAUGGGUUUCCAUUUCCUCGAAUUAUAUAUAGCUGAGGCAGUCAAGUGUAAAGAGAUUAUCUUCGCAGAAAUAAACACUCCCUCCAAAAAAGAAUAUAUCGAUUUCCUAUCGUAAAUUUAUUACCGUCUUGCAUUUAUUUAUAUUUCGACAACCAAAAGCCUGCCGCAAAAAAAUUCAAUGGGUGUCUAUCAUGCCGAAAAAAUCUCUUCAUUUCAGGUGGGCCAAGGCAAGACGCUAGCGCGAUACCGGGUCGAAAAUCCGAGCGAGCUGCGAUUGGUUCUGUCCGCCAUGUUGCAGAAAUUCGGCUACUCGCCGCUAAACUCCGGUCUCCUUAGUACUACCCAGGACCCGCCACUCGCGGGGGCGGCGUUGCUUUCUCCGCCGGUGCUGGUGGAGGGUCACGCGGACACGUUCCCGGCGCGGCCCGGCGCGAAGCCUACCGUCGAUGAGUUGUUCGGGAAUAGUACUAAUUCUGCGGCUGAGGUGGCGGUUUUGAAAAAUGACGAUCCGGGGGACGAGCACCACUAAGAAUGCCUGUGUCCUGUCAGUUAUGAAGAGGAUCACCAGCAGCAGCACUGUUUCGUCGCUUCGCGAACAAUACGCUCCCGAACUUGAAGAUGAACAUAUAUUUGUUCCGUCCUGGUGAUGCACAUCAGGACGAGCGUGAAGAGCUGCAAGAAGACUUCAGGUGGAGGUAGUUCUGGCUCCCUUGGGAAGCAUCCUUGGGUCGCGUUGUGCCCACAGAUAUAUAAUUUUUACACUCUACUUCUGCAAUUAUUUUUGCAAAUGAUAAUGAACGUUGGUAUGACUAUGAUUGAAGAUGUCCGCUGUACGAAAUGAAAACGCCCCUACUUCUUCGACCCUUUGUGUGGUUCUAUCUGUAUUCAGUUGAUGACCCUUUAUCGAUAUUUUGCUAGCAGUACUUACGUGCGGUCGUGUAGUGCAUUGUCCAGUUGUAAGUAGUUCUGCAACUUCAAGCACAUGAAGAACCAUUCACCGGCGCCGAGGACCCCUCGAUGACUUUGCUGAAAUGGAAACACGCCAGUGCGCAUUGUUAUUUUUACGCGAAGAUGCUUCUUGUACACUCGUACUAUCACGUGUUGAAGUGGCUGAAGCUACUGUGCACAAAAUAAGCUAAAGCCGAUGUGCGAACAUGCAGUCUGCUUGAUAUCAUGCAGACAUGACAUCAGUCGUGCAUGUCCGCCCGGAGGUGUAGUUUCGGUGUACAUCAAGGGUUGUUCUCUUCGAUCUGCGAGGUUUAUUGCUCUUCUACCAACUACAACAAGGCAACAACAGGAAGUAUUCUAGCUCCUGGUGGUGGG